AUGGGCAGCAGUUGAUCGGUGUAAGGCUCAAUCUCUCUUAAACCGAUGGAGGUACAUCGACAUCUUUCACCUCCCUCCACAGAAGAAGCUCCAGCCUGGACUAAUGCCUCCUCCUCCGUGAUUCCCAACCAAACCUUCCCUCCUCCGUUUCUCCUUCUGACAGAGAACUGGACCAACAGCCGAACUCCAGAUUAUGCACCAGGAGUCGCCGGGAUCCUCAUCCCUCUCAUCUACAUCACCGUCUGCAUCGUGGGUCUGAUCGGAAACACUCUGGUCAUCCACAUCGUGCUGCGAUAUUCCCAGGCGGAAUCGGUGACCAAUAUCUACAUCCUGAAUCUGGCCAUCGCAGACGAGCUCUUCAUGCUGGGCCUGCCGUUCCUCGCUGUUCAGAACGGCCUGCUCUCAUGGCCCUUCGGAUCGCUGAUGUGUCGCCUGGUCAUGACCGUAGACGCCAUUAACCAGUUCACCAGCAUCUUCUGUCUGACGGUGAUGAGCAUCGACCGCUAUCUGGCUGUGGUGCAUCCGCUCCAGUCCUCUAGGUGGCGCCAGCCGCGUGUGGCCAAAACGGUGAAUGCUACUGUAUGGGGGGUCUCUUUUGUAGUGGUUUUACCUGUGGUUGUGUUUGCUGGAGUUCUGAAGGACGAUGGGAACUGCAGCAUUGUGUGGCCCGAGCCGGCAGAGGUUUGGAAAGCGGCGUUCAUCGUAUAUACCGCAACUGUUGGGUUCUUCGGUCCUCUAACGGUCAUCUGUCUCUGCUACCUGCUGAUCGUGGUGAAGGUGCGCAGCUCUGGACGAAGAGUCCGUGCCACGUCGAUCCGCCGCCGGAAGUCUGAGCGCAAGAUCACACGAAUGGUGGUGAUCGUCGUGGCCGUGUUCGUCUUCUGCUGGCUGCCGUUCUACGUCUUAAACAUUGUGAAUCUGCUGGUUCUCCUGCCGGGAGAGUUCAGAGGGCUCUAUUACUUCGUCGUGGUUCUUUCAUACGCAAAUAGUUGCGCCAAUCCCAUUCUGUAUGGGUUUCUCUCUGAUAACUUUAAAAGAGGUUUCCGGAAAGCUUUGUGUAGAUCCUCCAGGCGUGUGGAAAACCAGGAUCACCUGCAGGGAACGGGAAUGGUUGCGUUACCGCUAGAGGAGAUACGAAGAGAGCAUCUGAAGGUGAGCGAAGCAGAGGAACACGAAGCAGAUCGAGAGAUGACGAAACUCCAGAACGGGUGUCAUGAGGACGACGCUGCGGGAGAAAUGGAUGGCUCCAUCAGCCCGACCUCUGACCCCACAGCUGUCCGUAAUGGAGCGCGCCGGACACACAAACACCUGCCGGAGAACAGUGAUGACAAACGCUCGGUCCUGGAGAUCAGCUGUUUGUAAUGUGAAAUGUGAAUGUUCAUUUAUGACUAUUAAAUGCACCAUCCAUUUAACCCUGCCAGCUGUGACCAAUCAGAAAAUAUGAGCUUUGCUCCUGUUCUUUAUUUGUAUGUCCAUCUGUGAUUAAACUGAUUGUGUUUGUAUGUGCACCAAUAAUGUGA